CAAAUUAUUAAUAAAUAUUUUUUUAAAUUUCAAGUAUAUAAACAAAUACUGAAAAUUUUUGUGAAAUGUCAAUAAUUCCGUGUAAUCCGUGUUGUAAACCAUGCUGUGACCCAUACUGUAUAGCACGAAGAAGGUGUCCGCCGUGUCCUCCUCCAGUUCCCGUGAUGCCUAUGGUUCAUUGUUUUCCACAGCCAUGCAUGCAAGUUUGUACACAACCAGUGUGUUCCGUACCAAUGAUGGUACCUAUGCAAAAUCGUUGCCCAUCGCCUCCAUGCUGUCCACCACUGUGUUGCCCUCCUCAGGCAUAUUGUCCUCCAUCAUUUGGAUGCAACCCAAAUACUUGUGGUCCAUGGUGUUAAAUUUUUAAUUAUUUUUGUACAUGUAAAUUUUUAGUGUUGUAUCUUAAAGUUUAGAUUUAAUUUUUGCGGCAAAAAUAUACAGGAAGUUGAUUAAUCAACAGCAUAAAAUAAUGCGAAUGAAAAACCUCCAAACUUUACAAAACUAAACCUCCAUUAUUGAAAUCUUGAAAU